CGGAUGUCGGGAUGCAGUAUCGUUGCUGAAAUGACUGCAGCUCACAAUCCGCACCCUUGACUUGAAACCAUUAGAUCGCCCCAACAGGGAACAGCAGGGGAUGAUGGUGCUGAAUCUAGGAGCUUCACAGACUCUGCUUACACGCACACGCAACGGACGUCUGCGGGACAUCACCGACCCCGUUCUCUGCGUGUUGGCUUGCGGCAUAACAUACGCCGACGGUUGCAUUCAUUUCUGUCACGACUACGCCGACGGUUGCAUCCAUUUCUGUCACGACUACGCCGCCUAUAUGUACCAUGACUGCUCUGGUUGCACCCACCAUUACGCUUCCGAAUUCCUGGGGAUUUGUGUGGACGAGUCAUGUUGACCAUCCGACUUACACCGGACGAAUUUCGUUCCUGGCAUGUCGCCGGUCACUCUCACGAUUGACAUACAGUGGCUCUACACGCAUACUCAGGUACCAGAACCACUUACUGAAGACCGCAGGGCGGUUGGGGGCAUCCUUGACAGCACGGGACCGCGGGCGCCAGCUCAUCUAAAGCCGGUACAUCCGCGCCACCCCGUCCCUGGCGGUGUACAUCCUGUUCCCAGACUCUGCGCGGCCAUCGUAGUUCUACACAAUUCCAAAAGAUGCGACAACAAAUAUGUCAAUCAACGUAUCGCCAUUGGACGUAACGGGCGCGUUCAGUUCCUUCUUUCGUCGCCCGAUCCACGCAUCUCCCUGUCCGGCUAGGUACGCAAGGUCUACGAAGCUGGGGCUGGAAAGCGCUCCAUUCACCGACGGUGCGGGUGUGAUGUACCCUGGCUCCCGAGCCGGGCACGGCUAGCCUGGCGCGCAUCGUGACUUCUGUGUUGGUGUCAAGUCUCCGGCGAAGACUUUGGUAUAAAGUCGGUGCAGGGAACUCAGGAAUCCACAUCCGCCGACGUCUCUUUCUCUCGAGGACAGCAGCACACAAAGACCCUCCUCUAUCUUGGACGACGACCUUGCCAUGUUCUCCAAAAUCUUCAUCUCGCUCGCCGUCCUUGCUGCGUCUGUCGCCGCCGUCGUUCCGUCUGUGAGCAAGCGUACGACGUGCAGUGGUGGCCAGACCACCGCGAACGCCGCAUGCUGUGUCUGGUUUGAUGUCCUCGAUGACAUCCAGGAGAAUCUCUUCCACGGCGGACAGUGUGGCGAAGACGCACACGAAUCUCUUAGGCUGACAUUCCACGACGCAAUCGCGUUCUCCCCCGCUCUUACUGCCGCGGGCCAGUUUGGGUGCUGGUACGCACUUCAUAUUGACAUGCCUAUAGUCUCCAUGCUACAUGUAACUGCAGACGGCUCGAUUAUGGCGCAUACCUCCGAAGAGUUGGCUGACCCUGCAAACAACGGUCUCGACGACAUCAUCGAGUUUCAACGUCCUUUUGCCCUCAAGCACAAUGUCUCCUUCGGCGACUUUAUCCAAUUCGCCGGCGCUGUCGGUGUCUCGAACUGCAACGGCGGGCCCCAGAUCUCAUUCUUCGCCGGCCGUUCCAAUGACUCGCAGCCUGCUCCCCACGGCCUCGUACCCCUCCCGUCUGACGAUGUCACCACCAUCUUGAACCGGGUCGGCGAUGCUGGCUUCAGCACUGUGGAGCUCGUUUGGCUCCUCAUCUCCCACACGGUCGGCGCCCAAGACAAGGUGGACGACUCAAUUCCUGGUACUCCGUUCGACUCAACUCCCUCGGAUUUCGACGCUCAGUUCUUUGUUGAGACCCUGUUGAACGGCACAAUCACGCCUGGCAACGGCAUCAGUCCUGGCGAGGCACUGUCGCCCUACCCCGGAGAGUUCCGCCUUCAGUCUGACUUCCUGAUUGCUCGGGAUAACCGCACCUCUUGCGAGUGGCAGAAGAUGAUCUCGAACCGUGCGAACAUGCUGGCACGCUUCGAAGGGGUCAUGCAGAAGCUCUCACUGCUCGGAUUCAACCAGUCCGCGCUCACCGAUUGUUCCGAUGUCAUCCCAACCGCAACCGGCACUGUGGCCGAUCCGUUCAUCCCGGCCGGUCUCUCGACCGAUGACAUCCAAGCUGCUUGCUCUUCGACUCCUUUCCCCACGGUGUCGGUGCUUGGAGGCGCUGUCACCACGAUUCCCGCUGUGCCUUUGAACUCUUAAGUGAGAUGAAACGGUGCACGAACGUUCUACGGACUAUCAUAUGAGCAAUGGGCAUGGCAUGGAGCCUUAACGUAUUUGAUUUUAGCUGCUGGGUCACGGACUGUUUUAG